AUGUCCGACUCUAAUAUCCCAUCUGAAAUGAGUGCUUUGUACUACCAUGAGGCUCGAAACUUUGAGGUCAAGAAGGUACCUGUUCCCACCAUCAACGACAAUGAAGUCCUCCUCAAAGUCGACAUCUGUGGUGUAUGCGGUACCGACCAACAUAUCCAUGAAGGAGAAUUCAUCUCCAAGUUCCCUUUGAUUCCCGGACACGAAGCCGUUGGUAAAGUUGUUGCCAUGGGUAAAAACGUCAAAGGUUUCUCUCUUGGUGACCGAGUGGCUGCCGAUGUCGGAGAGACCUGUGGAUGGUGUCACUAUUGCCGAAAGGGUGAUGAGCUCUUCUGUGAGCACUUCACCCCUGCCGGUGUCGCCAGAGACGGUGGUUUUGCCGAUUAUAUCAAAUACCACUUCGCCAAAUGUUACAAGAUCAAGAACCUCGGUGAUGAGGAAGCUACUCUCCUUGAGCCCGCAUCAUGUGCCAUUCACGGUAUGGACAAACUCAAGAUGCCUUUCGGUGCCAAAGUCCUCUUGAUCGGUGCUGGACCCACUGGUUUGAUCUUGGCUCAACUGAUGAAGAUCGGUGGUGCCGGACACAUCACCAUUGCCGCCAACAAGGGUAUCAAGAUGGAUAUCGCUCGAAAAGUUGAUGCUGCCGAUGCAUACAUUGAUCUCGACAGACAAGAUGCCGCCAACCAAUGGGCUAACAUCAAGAAAGAGAACCCAUACGGUUUCGAUGUUGUAGCUGAAUGUACCGGUGUCGAAUCUAUCGUAAACGACGCCAUCAACUACGUUACUCGAGGUGGUACUUUACUCGUCUAUGGUGUCUACGAGGACAAAGCUAGACUUCCAUCUUGGUCUCCUACCGAUAUCUUCGUUAACGAAAAGCGAAUCAUCGGUUCAUUCUCCCAAACAUACUGUUUCCCAAGAGCUAUCGAACUCCUCGAUUCAGGUAAAAUCAAGACUACAGGUAUGGUCACCGAUGUCUUCGAUCUUAAGGAUUACCAAAAAGCUCUUGACAAAAUGGCCACUCGACAAGCCCUUAAGAUCGCCAUCAGACCUUAA